CGUACGACGUGUAACGGAGAGCGUCAGUUUUAUCGUAGCCUGCUCGAAUUUGCUGUACACUUUCUUACGGUAUAAAUCAAGCAGUAAUGGAACCGAAAAAGGAUAGUGUUAACAAAGUAAAAAGGAAAACUGUUAGAACUACGAUAGAGGUGAAAAAAGUAAUAAUAUCCGAACACGAACGCGGCGUUCGCGUUUCGGAUCUGGCUUUGCAGUUCGGUAUGCCGAAAUCGACGGUCUGCACAAUACUAAAAAAUAAAGUGGCAAUCAAGGAAGCUGAUGUUGCAAAAGGUGUGAAAGUACUUACCAAACAGAGACCAAAGAUGCUUGAACAAGUGGAAAAAUUAUUGCUAAUUUGGAUAAAUGAGAAGCAGUUGGCUGGUGAUAGAGUUUCUGAGGGUAUGAUUUGUGAGAAAGCGAGGCAAUUAAGCGACGAUCUGUUAAAGAAAGACCCAGCCACAAGUGCUGACACUGAGGUGUUCAAAGCUAGCAAAGGUUGGUUCCAGAAAUUUAAGAGGAGAAGUGGCAUAUCUAGAGAGACUGCUGCAAGUGCAAACAAAGAAGUUGCUGAGAAUUAUGUGGAAGAUUUCAGUGACUAUGCCUGGAAGAAAUUGUGGCCUGACUUUGCAGAUGAUAGAAACAUUCAGAACAUUAAGACUGAGCCUUCAGAUGUUAUCGAUGAUGUUGUUGUAGGAAAGAGUUGUCACUUGAAUGUUGAAAAAGCUGAUGUGUUCAGGAAAGAUCUUAGCACUGAAGAACUGGAACAGAUUCAGAGGGAGCAGUUAAAAAUGGAGGUGCAGGAAACAUCUUCAGAGGUAGAUGAUGAAAGGGAGGAUGUUCCUAGUUCUUUUAUCUAUGAAAUGUGUGAGAAAUGGUGUCAAGUGCAAAGUUUUGUGGAAAGAUAUCAUCCUGACAAAGAAGUAGCAAACAGUCUCAUAAACCUUUUCAGUGACAGUGUGGUGUCUCACUUCAGAGGCAUUUUGAAUGAUAGGCAAAUACAUUCAGACAGGGUUUUAGUGAAUCAAUGGUCUAAUAUGUCUGAACUAGAAUCGAGUGAUGAUAAUACACUUACAAAGAAGAGAGAAAACCCAAGAAAGACAGUAAUUCAUCAGGUGCAGAUGGAUACGCAAACAAAGAGUCCGGCAGUUCAAAGCAGAUGUCUCGAAAUAUCCACAACAGAAGAAAACUAUGAUAAAACGGAUUGCGACGAUGAAGCGAAUAUUUUGGGAAAAAGUUGGGCGAUGGAGUUCAAGAGAUUGAAUCCGGAUCAGCAGUUGUUCGCGAAGAAGGCAAUAAACGAUAUUUUCUUCGAAGCUCGUCAGGGCAACCUCGACAGAUAUUCAGUGCGUAUCAACGAAAUGAAUGCGUCGCACUCUGCAACCGUAUCUGCAGAGGAUACCAAAGAACAGUCAUAUUCGAAUGAACUGAGUGGAGCAUGGCAAGCUUACUUGUGCAACGUAGGUAAAGGACGAACGGAUAAAAGAAAUUUGGCGGAAGAUCCGAAUGGUGUAUUCGUAAAGGAGGAACCUGUAGAUUAUUAGUGAACGCCAUACAAUGCCCACAAAACAAAUAAUGUGGGAACUUUAUUAUAAUAACGUAUUAUAUUUAUGUUUAAAAAAAA